CACAUGUCUGCCUCUGGCCUGGCUAUGGAGACGAAUCCGGCGCUGGCCGCCUUCCUGCUAUGCAGCGUGCUCCUGGUCAUCAAGAUGUACGUGGUGGCCGUCAUCACGGGCCAAGUGCGGCUGAGGAAGAAGGCUUUUGCCAACCCUGAGGAUGCCCUGAGACACGGAGGCCUCCAGAACUGCCGGAGCGACCCGGAUGUGGAUCGCUGCCUUAGGGCUCACCGGAAUGACAUGGAGACCAUUUACCCCUUCCUCUUCCUGGGCUUUGUCUACUGUUUCCUGGGGCCCAACCUCUGGCUGGCCCGGUUACACUUUCUCGUCUUCUUCCUGGGUCGCCUGGUGCACACGGUGGCCUACCUGGGCAAGCUGCCGGCGCCCACCCGCUCCCUGGCCUACGUCCUGGCUCAGCUGCCCUGCGUCUCCAUGGCCUUGCAGGUGGCCUGGGCAGCCGCACACCAUCUGUGA